AUGAACAGCCUCCCCGCCGACAAGGAGAGCAGCCCGGCCGAGCCCAGCCUGCCCGAGGAGGAGGUCCGGACUCUCUUUGUGAGCGGCCUUCCCCUGGACAUCAAACCGCGGGAGCUCUACCUGCUCUUCAGACCCUUCAAGGGUUAUGAAGGCUCUCUUAUAAAACUCACCUCUAAACAGCCUGUAGGGUUUGUCAGCUUUGACAGUCGCUCAGAAGCAGAAGCUGCUAAGAAUGCGCUGAAUGGAAUUCGCUUUGACCCCGAAAUUCCACAAACGCUACGACUAGAAUUCGCCAAGGCAAACACCAAGAUGGCCAAGAGCAAGCUAGUGGGAACCCCGAACCCGAGCACUCCUCUCCCCAGCACUGUACCUCAGUUCAUUACCAGGGAGCAAUAUGAGCUCACAGUGCCUGCACUUUAUCCCAGUAGCCCUGAAGUGUGGGCGCCGUACCCUCUGUACCCAGCGGAGUUAGCACCUGCUCUACCUCCUCCUGCUUUCACCUAUCCCGCUUCACUGCAUGCCCAGGUAAUUUAUACCAACCAGCCACAACUUCACUCACUGUACCACCGGUCCUUUCGAAGCUGGUCCCCCAGCGCACCCUGUCCAACUAACCCCUGUCCGGCUAACAGACACUCCUCCAGACGAUUAAUGAUCUCACCCCAAUCAAGCUGA